UUCACAACGUUCGUCGUCGUCGUCGGCAGUGCUGGGCUUUGAAAACGGCUGCGGAAAUAAUAGCCAAAAAUUUGUUAACCUGGCCCAUUGCAACGACGCGUCGUACAAGUAAACCCAAUUUAUAUAAGUUUUGCGAGUUGUGAAAUUGAAGUGUGUAGAGAUAUAAGAAAGAAACAGAAAACGGAUUUAAAAAAUGCUGGAAACUGAGGUGCGGCAACAACCCAAGCUCGAUGGGCCGGCGUCCAGUGACAAGGACUACGAUCCGUAUGUGUGCUCGCUGAGUGCGGACAUGAAGCUGCUGGCCAAGGACGAGCUGCACGAGGACGACAAUAUACGGCGGCAGGCGUUGGCUCAGUUCCGCGAAUGGAUUGCCAAGCAUCCGCACAUCAAGAAGUGCCGCACGGAUGCGAUAUUCCUGCUGCGCUUUCUGCGCACCAAGAAGUUCUCGGUGCCCGCCGCCUGCGAGAUGCUCGAGCGCUAUUUGACCAUACGCCAGCUGUUCCCGCAGUGGUUCCAGCAUUUGGACAUCAAUGAUCCGGCCAUCGAUGAGAUAUUCGAGGCGGGCUACCUGGUGCCGUUGCCGCAGCGCGAUGCCAGCGGGCGUCAGGUGAUUUUCUCGGUGGCCGGCAAGUUUGAUCCCUACAAGUUCACCUCGGUGCAGAUGGCGCGCGUGCAUAGCCUGAUCUGUGAAUCGCUGCUGGACGACGAGGACUCUCAGGUGUCCGGCUAUGUCUAUGUGAACGACGAGAGCGGCAUGAACAUGGGCUUCGUCAGCCUCUGGUCGCUCACGGAUCUGCGUAGCAUUAUGAAAUGCAUUCAGAACUCGACGCCCAUGCGCCACAAGGAGACGCACUUUGUGAAUAUACCCCACUAUGCCAACCGCAUCAUUGAACUGGGCGUCUCCAUGCUCAGCGACAAGCUCAAGAAGCGCAUCAUUGUGCACAAGAACGUGGAUGGGCUGAAGUCGAAGAUAAAUCCCGCCAUUCUGCCCAAGGAGUACGGCGGCACCAUGCCCAUUGCCGAAAUGAUCCGGGAGUUCAAGGCCAAGCUGCAGCAGCGCCGCGCCGCAAUACUCGCCCUGGACGACAUGCACAUCGAGAUCACCAAGGAGGCGGCCAAGUUUGCGGGCAAUGACAUUGGCGACAUCGAUGCCGGCAUUGUGGGCAGCUUUAGGAAACUGGAGGUGGACUAGGUGUCCGCUCGGGCUUUAGGCUA